UUCGAACAGAAGUAGACGGAGUUUCACUCAUGCGCGGAACAAAUCGUGUUUGCCGUAAAUUAUUUCGGCCGGAAGUAGACGCACUUUCGCGCAUGCGCGGAAAAAAAAUGGUGUUUCCGGGACGGAUCGGGUAGCGACACAGUUCUAAGUUCAUUUGGUUGAAUCCGUCCGUUGUUAGAUAAUGAAAGAAAUGAUCAUAGAAGAACUGAAAGCAGCUGUGCGGCGCUCACUGGGCGGGGCUAGACGACUCGAUAGUUGUCUGUAAUUGGUCGGUGGUCUUCUUCUUGUGGUUUAAGGACAGCUUACAUUUGCACUGCUGUCAUCUUUCUCAUUUACCCGCAGUGUCCUCCUUUCAUGUUCUCAUCAUUAAACUGACCCUCGGUCUGUGUCACGAAGCUGAUUUUGGUGGUGAUGAGGUUUUAUUAGGAUUAAGGUUUUAUUCUGGCCCGAUCGCGAAACGAAAUUCGACAUGUCAACUUUGAGCAAAAUAUCAUGAUCCUGUUGUAAAUCUAAAGUUAGAAAAUGAAUAGCGUUUACAUAAUUUAGGUAAAUAAGGCUGUGUGUAUAUUCCAGGGCCAAUUAGAAAAUGUACAUGUACAAAUGUUACAGUUGUAUUUCUUAAAAGUAAAAAUGAAUUCAUUUGCUGUAAUUGAGGUCUAAAAUACAGAGCAUCUUUUCUGUUAUUUUGACUUGUUUCUCGACAUAUUUUGCAAAUAAAUGCAAAAAUAAACAAUAUAUAUUUUUUUGAAAUUAAGGAGAAAUAUUGUUUGUAUCAAAAGUGACACUUUUACCUAAAUACACAAAUAGCACAUUUUAAAAUCAAAGUCUCUCAAAAUUUAGAUAAAUAUAAUAUAUAUAAUUUAUAUGUCAGGCUUGGUACAGGUUAUAAAGACGUGAUAAUGAAGUUGAAUAGACGUAUUUGGAGUGUAAAUGCAGAAAUGUAAUGCAUAAUAAAAUGUAUAUAUAAUCACUGGUUUCCCGAGCCUCUAAAGCGCCCCUGAUGGUCAAUAUUUACCAUAUAUUUUGUCGAUAGUGCAAAAAAUACUAGGCAAUUUUUAUUAGAUAACCUCGAUUUUGUAUCACAGUUUUCAUGUGUCUUGUCAUUCUGUCAGUCUGUCACAUUGCUGUUGGAUGACUUUAUUUCACUCCUAACAUUUAAUAUUGUUGAAAUACAACAGACACUGGACGGGAAUGGCCAAAAUAAAUGUGAUUGAUCAAAGUAACAGACACAAAGGCUGUAUAAAAUUUCUUUUGACAUAAUAGAAAUGUCAUUUAGCUUACCAAACACCGAAGUGCCAUUAAAAACAAACAAAACAAAAACUCCAAUUAAAUGAAAUGCCUGAAUUAAAGAGGUGAAAAUGGACAUCCAAGGUGAUGUUUGUCAUUUGUUUCGCACAGAGAAAUGCUUGUAAUCUAAAAAAAUGAGUAGGCCCAAGCUUUACAGUAAACAUAGGCCUUACCUAACCAACAGGAUUGUAAAGAAACACAAAGUAACUGGUGAAGCUGUUAAAGGCUUUGAAAAAAACGUUCAGCAUGAACAUAUAAUAUGCUUUUAAUCUCAUUGGUCACUUCAGGAAAGUCCGUCCUCCGCACCUGUGACCUUCCCACCCGUAAAGCCCAAAGGAAAUAUCUGAGCUACACGUCAGACUGAAAGUUUAUCAUCUUCAGAAACUUCAGUGAGCUCAGAAACUGAUCGAUUAGCUUCAAGCUGUGUUUGAAAUGUUUCUUAAAGACGUUCCCCUGGUUUGGCUUGUGUUAUUAUUUGGUUUGGGCAGCAUCGGAGGAUCUGAUGAAGAUGUUUUCAAGGGAACAGAUCAGUAUGAUUUUGCCAUUGUGUUGGCUGCUGGAGGUCUGCAGUGUUACUGGCACUAUGCACGCUAUAGUGAGACCUUCUACCUUAACUUUAUGGUUCAGUUGGUUACUGGUGUGGCUCUUGACCGACAUCUCUCUGUCAUGAUCAAUGCUCCCAGCAGUUUAAUAGUCGGCAGAGCUGAUGAUGCAAGCGGACAGAUUACCUUUAAUGUUGAGGAGACCGGUUUUUAUCAGAUGUGCUUCAGCAACUUCCACAAUCGUUUUGGGAGCAUGCAGAUAUUCCUGAACUUUGGUGUGUACUCUGAUGGACAAGAGAACAUCGAGAAACAAAAAGAGGAAGAUAUGAAAGAGAUUAACAGCACAUUGUCCACAAUUGGGGAAAGCACCAACAGGUUGCAGACGUCGGUCUUCCACAUGUGGCGUCACUUCAACUAUGAGCGAAUGAGAAGAGGAGCAGAUUUCUACCUGCUUCAGUCAAACCACAGUUAUGUGAGCAGCUGGUCUGCUGUUCAGAGUCUGAUCAUCAUCACAGCUGGAUAUCUGCAACUUUACUAUCUCAAGAGACUCUUCAACACAAACCCAACACAGACCGACAAACCCCGCUGUUAAUCCUCAACACCUUAUCUGUACAUGUUUGAUGUUCAUUUUUAUUUUGUAGAAAUAGCUCAUCCUGAGGUUAUAAAAACUGUUUCUCGUGAGAAUCCACUCACAAUGUUCAGUGAUAUGUAGUAGACAAGACAAGGAACAGAAUAAAUAACAACAUUGCAGUUGUCCAGAAUAAAACACAGACAUGUAUCCUUGACAUUGAUUCUGAGAUUUUAUUUGAAUCAUUGAACAAAACACGCAAGGUAAUAAAGUGUAUAUAAAAACAAAUGUUUUUUUUAAUGUGGAAAUUGCUUUUCCUGUAGUCAUUUAAAAAGAUAAAAAUGUUUCUUUAUUUAUCUGCUAAACCCGUUACAGCAAUAAAACAUGAUGUAUGUGAGAAAA